AUGGCUGUGUUAAUUGGAUGCCAAUUGGAUGCCUGUAUAUCCUAUAGAGCUGCAGCCAUGUCUAGCCCAGACAACAAUCACGAACCUUCGCCGGAGGUGCAAUCAACCGACAAAGACAGUAAUUCCACCCCUGAUCCAGAUGUCAUAUUAAUCGAUAAUGAUGCUGCUACAGACUCCAAGAUGGUUGUAGAAGGCGGUUCGGGAAAGGAAAGAAGUGAGGUGUGGAACCACUACACUAAGAAGACAUUGGACGAUGUUUUGAAAGCCGUUUGUAAAUAUUGUAGCAAGCAGUUGAAAGGUGAUUCAGGCAGCGGUACAACACACUUGAAGAAUCAUUAUGUGAAGAAACAUAAGCAGAAGCCUCAAGAGAGUAUAAGGCAAAAGCUUUUAUCAAGCAAUUUCAACAAAGAUCACCCUCAACUAGCAGCUUAUAAUUUCAAUCAAGAGGCAGCAAAAACGGAGCUAGCAAAGAUGAUUGACAUGCAUGAAUAUCCGCUCUGUAUUGUGGAUCAGGUUGGAUUUAAGAGAUACUCAGCAGUGCUUCAGCCACUCUUCAAAGUUAUUUGCGGUACAACACAUGCCAAUAUUGGAUCCAAGACUGCAGCAAUUCCUAUGAUACCAUGA